AUGACAGAAACCCCCGUCCUCCUCGCUACGGCUGGCUCAGCAGGACUUGGUGCUGCUGUCGUGCGUCUUUUUGCGAAAAAUGGUUAUCGAGUUGUCGUAAAUUAUGCCCACAACUCCGAGCGUGCAGCUGAGUUAAUCAAGGAGUUGCUGGUCGCGACGAAUCAGGUGGAUGACAACGCUUACAUAAGUAUCCAAGCUGAUCUAGCCAUUAAAAACGACGUCGAACGUCUUGUUAAAGAGACGAUAUCUUAUAUGGGUAGAAUCGAUGUUGUGUUGUCUAAUGGAGGCUGGACAAGAUUCACGAACAUGAAAUCUCUUGAUGACAACGUAUCGGAAGAUGAUUGGGACCGGGCUUUUGCAAUCAAUGUUAAAUCGCACAUUUGGCUACUUCAUGCCGCCAAAGAGGCAUUAGAUAUAUCGCGUGGGGCUUACAUCACUACCGCGUCGAUUGCUGGCUUAAGCAGCAACGGAAGCUCCCUUGCGUACUCCGUGACUAAAGCUGCGCAGAUACACAUGGCUAAACAACUAGCACGCAUGGUUGGCCCGCGAAUCCGGGUGAAUACAGUAUCGCCAGGAUUACUUCUAACGGAAUGGGCGGAACGAUUUACAGAUGACCAAAAAGAAGCUCAUAGACAGAAAACAGCGUUAAAGCGUUUUGUCAACAUUGAUGAUGUUGCGGACCAGGUAUUAACACUUGCAAAAUCUUCAAGUACAACUGGUAUAAAUGUUGUUGUCGAUGCUGGCUACAUUCUCUGA